UUUCCAGCUGUCCCUCAGUCGUUCGGGACCUCGGAGCCAACGGGAGAAUCACCCGGGAUAAAAACGGCACGUUUUGGGCUCAGAUCCCACGUCACACGGUCCCAACUCUCCCCGUACAUCACCAUGGAGACCGAGCUAUGAGGUGUCGUGUAGUGCUGAAGACGACUGAGUGAACCAUGGCACAGUUCCCCACCACAUUCACAGGUCCAGAUGUGUUCCUGAUCUCAGCGGAUGAGAGAGCCAAACAUGAUCAGCAGUUUCUCAGCCUCUCUCCGACUGCCGGGGGUUACAUCACAGGCGACCAAGCCAGGAACUUCUUCCUUCAAUCAGGCCUGCCCCCUCCCAUCCUGGCCCAAAUCUGGGCUCUGGCCGAUAUGAACAGCGAUGGCCGUAUGGACAUCCACGAGUUCUCCAUCGCCAUGAAACUCAUCAAACUGAAACUCCAGGGUCACCCGCUGCCUCCCGCGCUUCCUCCCAGUAUGAAACAACCCCCGCUGACUUUACCCCCACAGGGCGGCUUUGGCAUGCCUCCCAUGCCCUCCAUGCCUCCCAUCUCGGCCCCUCUGUCAGGCGUGCCUCCUCUCCCCCUGCCGCCUCUCCCUGUCGGAGUGUCUCCCCCACUCGUCUCGUCCGCCCCUCCUCCCCUCCCACCGCCCAUCGCCAACGGAGCCCCUUCCACAGGCUUGAUGCAGCCCAUCCCAGGCUUCUCCCACCCAGCGUCCUCCGUCAACAAGUCCUCGUCGUUUAACCGUUCCAGUACCAAGUUGCAGAAGGGGGUGUCCUUGGACGUUACUAGUGUUCAGCCCCCCUGUGAUUGGGCUGUUCCUCAGUCCUCCAGGCUCAAGUACAGACAGCUUUUUAACUCCCACGACAAGAUGAUGAGUGGACACCUCACAGGUCCUCAGGCUCGAACUAUCCUGAUGCAGUCCAGUCUCCCUCAGGGACAGCUGGCCACGAUAUGGAGUCUCUCCGAUAUCGACCAGGAUGGAAAGCUAACAGCUGAGGAGUUUAUCUUAGCCAUGCACCUCAUAGAUAUGGCUAUGUCAGGUUUAUCGCUGCCCCAGGUGUUACCACCAGAUUACCUCCCACCCACGUUCAGGCGUGUGCGGAGUGACAGUGUUCAGUCGGACCAGAAGAGCGUCCAGGAGGAGAUAGAGGAGGAGGCGGAGAGCGCCCAGGACAAGAAACUACCAGUGACGUUUGAGGAUAAGAAGAGGGAGAACUUUGAGCGAGGAAACCUGGAGCUGGAGAAGAGACGUCAGGCUCUGCAGGAGCAGCAGAGGAAAGAGCAGGAGAGGCUGGCUGCUCUGGAGAGAGAGGAACAGGACAGAAAGGAGCGAGAGCGUCUGGAGCAGGAGAGGAGACGACAACACGAACUGGAGAGACAACUGGAGAGACAGAGAGAUCUGGAGAGGCAGAGGGAGGAGGAGAGACGCAAAGAGAUAGAGAGGAGAGAGGCUGCUAAGCGUGAAUUAGAGCGCCAGCGUCAGUUGGAGUGGGAGCGUCAACGUCGCCAGGAGCUUCUGACUCAAAGGAACCGGGAGCAGGAGAGCAUAGUGCUGCUCAAAGCCAGGAAGAAGACCCUGGAGUUUGAACUGGAGGCUCUGAACGAUAAGAAGAGCCAGUUGGAGGGCAAACUGAAGGACGUUCGGUAUCGUCUGUCGGCCCAGCGGCGAGAGGUGGAGCAGACCAAUCAGACCAGAGAAACACGCAUUGCUGAAAUCACCCUGCUGCAACAGCAGCUGCAGGACUCCCAGCAGUGGUUGGGGAGGCUUAUUCCUGAUAAACAGAGUCUCAACGACCAGCUGAAGCAGGUUCAACAGAACAGUCUGCAUCGUGACAGCCUCUCGUCGCUGCAGAAGGCCGUGGAGCAGAAGGAGACCAGCAGACAGCAGCUCCGAGAACAGCUGGAUGCCGUGGAGAGAGAGACGAGGGCCAAGCUGCUGGAAAUAGACGCUUUCAACACCCAGCUGAAGGAGCUGAGGGAGAUCCACAGCCGGCAGCAGAGGCAGAAGCAGAGGGAUCUGGACGGAGACGUACACUCACUGACACACACACACCCUCACAUACACACCCCGAUCGAGAGGAAGUCUGCUGAGCUGCAGGACAGCAGGUUGUCAUCAGAUGAGGCCUUGUCCUGGAGGGAUGAAUCCGCAAGCUCCGCCCCCAACGCCCCGAGCCCCCCCUCCAUCUCUGCACCCCACGCCUGGCUUAACAGAGUGGCUCUGGAAGAGGAGGAGAGGAGGAGGAGAGGGAUGGAGCAGCAGGAGGAGGAUGAGGAGGAGGAUGAAGAGGAGGAGGAGGGCCGGAAGGGAGCCGGAUCAGCAGAGGAGAAUGAGGAUGAAGGGAGAGGCAAGCAGGACAUGCAGGAGAAACUGAGCAAACUGUUCAGUCAGCCGGCCGACCCCUGGGCUUCAUCGGUUGAAAAGGCUCCGGUGCCCAGUCUGUUCGACCAGAAGGCUCCGGUCUGCAGCUUCGACCAGAAGGCUCCGGUCUGCAGCUUCGACCAAAAGACUCCGGUCUGCAGCUUCGACCAGCAGCAGCAGCCGGUGAAGGUGGUCUACUACAGGGCUCUGUAUCCGUUUGAUGCCCGCAGCCACGACGAGAUCAGUAUCGCCCCCGGGGAUGUAAUCAUGGUGGAUGAAUCCCAGACAGGUGAACCGGGUUGGCUGGGAGGAGAGCUCAGGGGCCGGACCGGAUGGUUUCCAGCCAAUUACGCCGAACGGAUACCGGACAGUGAAGCACCAAUCAGCCUCCGUGCAACCGCCUCAACCACACCUACCACGGCCCAGCAGCCAAUGUCCACGCCUCCUCCAGCUCCUGGACACGCCUCCUCCUCAGCCUCCGCCUCCUCCUCUGCCAACAGCAACUGGGCCGACUUCAACACCACUUGGCCCUCCAACACAGCCAGUCAAUCAGAGAGCGAGGGAUGGGACGCAUGGCCGACCUCCUCAACCAGUCAGAAUCCUUCGCUCAGUGUUCCAUCGGCGCAGCUACGGCAACGCUCCGCCUUCACACCUGCUACCAUGACGACGGGCUCCUCUCCUUCUCCCGUGCUGGGGCAGGGGGAAAAGGUCGAAGGUCUUCAGGCUCAGGCCUUGUAUCCAUGGAGAGCGAAAAAGGACAACCACCUCAACUUCAACAAAAAUGAGAUAAUCACGGUGUUGGAGCAGCAGGACAUGUGGUGGUUAGGUGAACUGCAGACCGGACAGAGAGGCUGGUUCCCCAAAAGUUACGUGAAGCUCAUCUCCGCCACCAUGACGCCGCCGCCUGGAGCCGCACCACGAGUCAAAAACACUAGUGAGUCUGGAGUAUCAGAAAGCCCACCCAACGGAAAACGCCCGUCCCCUUCCCCAACAAAACCCUCGGAGUCCGGAGAAGAAUACGUGGCCAUGUACACCUACGAGAGCAGCGAGCAGGGGGACCUGAGUUUCCAGCAAGGGGAGGUCGUCAUGGUGACCAGAAAAGAAGGGGAUUGGUGGACGGGCGUGGUCGGGGGAAAGACCGGAGUCUUUCCUUCUAAUUAUGUCAAACCACGAGACUCGGCUUCAGAGGCUUUGGGAUCAGCAGGGAAGACGGGCAGCCUGGGAAAGAAACCAGAGAUCGCUCAGGUGAUCGCCCCCUACAGCGCUACGGGAGCAGAGCAGCUAACGUUAGCGCCGGGACAACUCAUCCUCAUCAGGAAAAAAAACCCGGGGGGCUGGUGGGAGGGCGAGCUCCAGGCUCGGGGGAAGAAGCGCCAGAUCGGUUGGUUUCCGGCCAACUACGUGAAGCUGCUCAGUCCCAGCACCAGCAAGACGACGCCCACAGAGCCCACCCCUCCAAAACUGGCUCCGGCCAACACAGCCGUGUGUCAGGUGAUCGGCAUGUACGACUACGUGGCCCAGAACGACGACGAGCUGGCCUUCCAGAAGGGUCAGGUGAUCACGGUGCUCAACAAGGACGACUGUGAUUGGUGGAAAGGGGAGCUCAACGGGAGGGAGGGGCUGUUUCCCAGCAACUACGUCAAACUCACCACAGACACCGACCCGAGCACGCAGUGGUGCGCUGACCUCCACCUGCUGGACAUGCUGAGUCCCACGGAGAGGAAGAGGCAGGGCUACAUCCACGAGCUCAUCGUCACCGAGGAGAACUACGUCAACGAUCUGCAGCUCGUCACAGAGAUCUUCCACAAACCUCUGUUGGAGUGCGAGCUGCUGACGGAGAAGGAGGUGGCCAUGAUCUUCGUCAACUGGAAGGAGCUCAUCAUGUGCAACAUCAAACUGCUCAAGGCUCUGAGAGUGAGGAAGAAGAUGUCGGGCGAUCGGAUGCCGGUGAAGAUGAUUGGUGACAUCCUGACCAACCAGCUGCCUCACAUGCAGCCAUACAUCAGGUUCUGUUCGUGUCAGCUGAACGGGGCCACACUGAUUCAGCAGAAAACUGACGACAACCCUGAGAUCAAAGACUUCCUGAAGAGGUUAGCGAUGGAUCCCAGGUGUAAAGGGAUGCCUCUGUCCAGCUUCCUGCUCAAACCCAUGCAGAGAGUCACUCGCUACCCGCUCAUCAUCAAGAACAUCUUAGAAAAUACUCCGGAGUCACAUCCCGAUAACAGUCAUCUGAAAGCUGCUCUGGAGAAAGCAGAGGAGCUGUGCUCACAGGUGAAUGAGGGCGUCAGGGAGAAGGAGAACUCAGAUCGUCUGGAGUGGAUUCAGGCUCACGUUCAAUGUGAAGGCCUGUCUGAGCAACUGGUGUUUAACUCCGUCACCAACUGUCUGGGUCCACGGAAGUUCCUCCACAGCGGAAAGCUGUUUAAAGCCAAGAGCAGCAAGGAGCUCUACGGAUUCCUGUUCAACGACUUCCUGCUGCUGACUCAGGUGACCAAACCUCUGGGCUCUUCAGGCUCCGACAAAGUCUUCUCCUCCAAAACACACCUGCAGUACCGCAUGUACAAAACGCCGAUCUUCCUGAAUGAAGUGUUGGUGAAGCUGCCGACGGACCCGUCAGGUGAUGAGCCUCUGUUCCACAUCUCUCACAUCGACAGAGUUUACACUCUCAGAGCAGAGAGUAUCAACGAAAGGACGGCGUGGGUUCAGAAAAUCAAAGCAGCUUCAGAACUCUUCAUUGAGACGGAGAAGAAGAAGAGAGAGAAGGCGUAUCUAGUUCGUUCUCAGAGAGCCACAGGUAUCGGUAGACUGAUGGUCAACAUUGUGGAGGGAAUCGAGCUCAAACCCUGUCGCUCCCACGGAAAAAGUAACCCAUACUGUGAGGUAACCAUGGGUUCACAGUGCCAUAUCACAAAGACAUUACAGGACACAUUGAACCCGAAGUGGAACUCCAACUGUCAGUUUUUUAUAAAGGACCUGGAGCAGGACGUCCUCUGUGUCACUGUGUUUGAACGAGACCAGUUCUCACCUGACGACUUCCUGGGCAGGACAGAGAUCCGGUUGGCUGAAAUAAAGAAGGACCAGGGCUCUAAAGGACCAAUCACGAAGCGGUUGCUGCUCCACGAGGUUCCCACAGGAGAGAUCGUGGUCAGGCUGGACCUCCAGCUGUUUGAGGAACCGUAAAAAGAAACCUGGACAGGAUCCUACUGGACUGGAUUGGACCGAGAAAAAAGGAUCUAAGAGAUACGAUGUGGACCAGACGGUUGGGCUGGAGUAGACUGGACUGGAUUCUCUUAGUUUGGUCUGGUUCUGUUUCAGAGAGCUGACAGGCUGUUUAUGUCUAAAGAGGGACGUUCAUUCAGCUGAGGGAAAGAAGCAGGUAUACAAUGUGCUUGUUAAAUUAAUAGAAAAUAUAAGAAUUAGAAUGGGCAAAGCGAAUAACUGCGUAAAAACUGGGUCCUGCAAACACCAGCUUAUAGUCCAAAUGUGAUAGUAACACAGUAAAAUGAUAAUAAACUAACUGACAUACAGAUAAUCUGGGCUGAUUGGUGUCUGGGGCCAAACAGCAAAGGACCCCAAUAACGAUAUACAUAAGUGCAUUUUUAGGAGAAAUCUACAGACACAAAUAGACAAAGUAGUAAAAUCAACACCUAAAAGUGUAUUUUGGAUGUUUUGUUUUCCGCUAGUCUGAAAAAGAUAAAUGUCAGGGAAGCGAAAUAGGACAAAAUCUCAAAAUUGACCAGUGACACUCCUUAAUAUUAAACCAUAAUAUUCUGCAGGUUCUGAAGAAAUCACUUAAUCUCUUGAACUAUUAAAAUGUCUUACAUUCACUUUAAAGUCUUACAUUUUAUUUCACUGGUUUUAAAAAAAGUAGCUGUUUCUUUUCCGAUUAGAGAUUGUACCAGUUCAGCUUUAAAGACGAGCAGCUCUUAUAAUGCACCCCAUCGUGCUAAUUAGCUUAGCAUUAGGCAAGAUGGUGUACUACCAAGACCUGUUUAUUUCCCAGUCCAGUCCAGUCUACGUCUUUCCUCCCUACAGUCUGGUCCAGUUCAGUAUUUGGUCCAUCUAAUCCAGUCCGGUCCUCUCGGAGAUCAGCCGGGUCUUUAAUGUUUUCUCCUCCUCUGCUUCAUCAGACAGUCUCAGACACUCCAGUGACAAUCCCAGCCCUCCUUCUAGUCCCAACAAACCCAAACCCCUGUGUG